AUGGAACCGACAACGCUGAUGUCCGUGCAAAAGUCACCGGACAUACCCGUGCUCCUGGGAAACAGGUCUGCAGACGUCCAGGUGGGGAAUUCCCCCAAGACUAAGGCAGACGAAGAAGCGAAAAUCCAGAACGUUCCGAAGGACAUGGAGGGCCAAAAGGGCGAAAAAGUAGAAGGUGGGUGUCGCCUUCCUCUGCUGAGCUGGUUUCGGCUUCUUUGGAGAUUGUACGGCUACUUUGCACCCUUGGGGAUGUUGUCCUAUGGAGUGCAGCAGUACUUCGCCAGGGGCAUCGGGGAGUUCUCAUACAAGUACUACAUGAUGGACACGCUGAAGCUUGACGGUGCCACCAUGGGGAGGUUUCUGACCGUCGCGCACGUUCCCUGGAAUGUGAAGCCAGUUCUGGGCAUUCUCUCUGACACGGUUCCGCUGUUGGGCUUCCACAAGACGUCGUAUUUGGUCAUCGCCUGCAUUUUCAGCUUGCUGGCCUACCUUUGGUUCGGCUGUGUCACGCUCGGAACCUCCGGCCUGGUUCUCUUCAUGUCGGCCGUGAAUUUCGGACUCGCCUUUUCGGAUUUGGUCAUCGACGCCACUGCCGCACGCCUCGGGAAAGAGCACUCAGCCCAUGCGUCGGACCUGCAGUGUGCAUUGCGCUCUGCUGAAGCCACCGGUGGCAUUACUGCUGGAGCCGUCAAAGGAUGGCUGGUGGAACUCGUCUCUCCGCAGGGAGUUGCGCUGGUCAACACGCUCUCCGCGGUCAGUGUCCUUGUGCCCGCCUUUCUCGGGUGGCUGCCGGAAGAGCGCUUGUCCGGCCCACCAUGCACAGCGAACUUGAGUGAGUUCCGGAAACACCCGCUGAUUUCGCUUGUAGCGGUGCUGUUAUCUGCGACGGCCAUGGGCCUCUCUUUGCUGCAGCUCUUCGUCGAGGAUGUCCGAGUCCGGGCAGCCAUCACCGUCAUCUGUGCCGUUGGUGUUGCCGUCUCUGUCGUUAAGGUCCUUUCCGGGAUCUCUCCUUACUUCGGGCAGACAGCGCUCUUCAUUUUCUUGCGGCUGGUCCUUCAGCCAGGGCUGGGCGAGGCGAUGUUCGUGUGGCUGACACGCUUCCCAGAGGGCCCCCAACUGAGCGCGCAGCUCAUGGGCGUUACCGAUUGCUUUGGCCAGGGUGGCCUCCUCCUGGGAUUGGUUUGUUAUCGAAGCUUUAUGACAAACUGGUCUUACCGUAAGAUCUUCCUGGUGGGGCAGAUUGCGUAUCUCAUCAGUCAGCUGCUGGACAUCUGCCUCGUCAUGCGAUGGAACCAACUCAUCGGCAUCCCUGACUUCCUGUUUUAUGUCGGCGACACGGCUUUCGACCUCGCUGUUUCCAAAUUGUUCUAUGUGCCUUUGGUGGUUCUGGCAUACAAGGUGUGCCCCCUGAAUUUGGAGGCUACGCUCUUUGCCACGCUGAUGGCCCUGAACAACAUCGGUGUCGACACUGGAAAGUUCUUGGGGGUCAGUCUCUGCGAGCUGUGGGGCAUCGUGGACGGGAACUUUGACUACCUAGUGCACGGCCUGGUGACGAAAGCACUGUGCAGACUGCUGCCGAUUCCUUUGAUCUUUCUCUUGAUACCGCGCCAGCUCACCCCGAACGAUCCGGUUCCACUUCCCGAUGCGAAGGACAACCUGCCGGCGGACAGCAUGGUCGACAACUGA